UAGGAAAGGACUUAUAAUUUCGAAAUACCGUGAGGCAGCAGCAAACAAAGACAUUUGACUACAGUGGAGUCAGUGAAAAUCAUCAUGUUGAAUUUAUUUGUGAAGUUUUUUGAGUUCACACAGAGUCUGGUGCUCACAAUGGACACUUACCAAGACAGACCCCCCACUCACAGACCCUUACUCACUAAAAACAUACUUGUUCUUAUUAACUAUGGUGGAAUGCUAUAUGUCAUUGUGUUUAUCUUCCUUUUGCACUGGGUGGCUUCCAGUGUGUGCCUGCCAGGGAUUUUCCACAACGAGCUACAAGAUCCAGAAUUUUCCUUGUUUUACCAUCGGCUAUUUUUCUGGUACCUUACCCUUAAUGCAAUAGGACAAUGGGUUCUGACUAUCAUAACAAGUUUAAAGUCUGUUUACAGCACAGCCUCAGAUUUGCCUUUGUUUAAUGAUGCUACACAUGAGGACUGGACAAAAUGUACCAAAUGUGACCAAAAUGUCCCUCCCAGAGCCAGACAUUGCAACAUCUGUGAACGCUGCAUUCUCAAGAGAGACCACCAUUGCUUCUUCACCGGUUGUUGCAUUGGCUUUCACAAUCAAAGACACUUUAUUUUGUGGUCAUUUUAUGGCAUCAUAGGCACAACUAUUGCACUGUAUUACUUAGAACAAUAUUUAAGCAUCCAUUAUGUUUCCUUUUUAGGUUCAGAAUUUUUCAAAUAUUUCCUGCCUUACGCACUUGUUAUAACAAUCAUUGGCAAAUCCUCAUUUUAUACAUUUUUAACCAUAUUUUGGUGUUAUCUUGUACUGUCCACAGGACUUUUCUGUAUGUACAUGUUUUUUUGGCAGUUCAGUCUUAUCUUAAAUGGUCAAACAAGUUACGAGUUUGUGAAGGGGAAAAAAAUUUACCAGACCAACUUUUUGGAUGAGAUGCGGUCGGUGUUUGGUCCAUACUGGGGUAUACAAUUCCUGAUUCCUUUCCCCUGGACAAAACAUGAUGGGGAUGGAAUUACAUGGAAGUCUCACAAUACAAAAUUCCUGUAGUUCAGGGAAAAAAAAUCAUAUUCUAUAAAAUCAAAUAAAACCAAAUGCCAUAAAAUCAAAUAAAACCAAAUGAAAUACAUGUAUUAUAAAGUACAUGUUAGAUUUAUUAUCAUUUCAAUUUGAUUGAGAUGCUGUUAGUGUUUUGUUUCAUACUAGGGUAUACACUUCCCGGUCUUUUAUCCAUGGAUAAAAUGAUGCAUUUUAUAAAAAAAAAAAGGAAUCUAUAGACCAGGCUCUGGGAUCAUGAAACUAUCUCAAAUUCAAGUCAGUCUUAAGAUUUAAGAAAAUUUCGUGAUCCUGGAGCCAGUUGAUUUGAUGAGGAUUGUUAGGAAAGGUCAUUAACACAUUGAUAAUUAUGAGUCGGUGAUCAAACUUUAUCGGUAGAAAAGACUGAAGUAUCAAAUAUAGCAAAUUUUAGCUGAGGAGGUAGUGAGAUGCUUAUGUUGAAAAAGAGUGACUAAAAUUGUGUGAUGUUAAUGAACAUUGUGCAACUGUG